GUGCUGGCCGCUUCGUGCGCGCGCUACCGCCGCUCGCUGCGCCUGCUCGAGCCGUUCGAGGUGCGCACCCGCUUGCUGGGCUGGGACGACCGCGCCUUCUACCUGGAGGCGCGCUUCAUCAGUCUACGAGACGGCUUCGUGUGCGCGCUGGUGCGUUCUCGCCAGCACGUGCUGGGCACCUCCCCGGAGCGCGUCGUGCAGCACCUGUGCAAGCGCCGGGUGGAGCCCCCUGAGCUGCCGGAAGACCUGCAGCACUGGAUUGCCUACAAUGAGGCCAGCAGCCAGCUGCUCCGGGCCGAGAGUGGGCUCAGCGAUGUCGUCAAGGACGAGUGACCACCGCAGCUGGCCUGCCCUGCCCACCAGCCUUGGCCUGGGGGCAACUGCCUAUCCUUCCCCGCCUGCCGCCGGCAGAGAGUGGAAAAUGGGCUGGCUGGGCUAGGCUCUCUCCAAACUGGAGUAGCCUGGCAACCAGCCGGGCCCCAUUCACAUGCUCAGGGCCCUCCCCCGCCCCCAUUACCCAUGCCCCUCUAUGCCUCAUCCUGCACUGAGCAUGGGAUGGGGGUGACAGAGGCACCCAGACCAGCUCUGCCCUCAGGGCAGUGCUGAUGGGCAAAGUGGGGGCCCCUGGCCCUUGGCCUGCAGCCUGUGGGGGGUGGGGGAUGGCCCGCCCUGCAGGUGAGCCAGGCUUCCAAGGGCCUGAGUGCUUGGAGCAGGGGACCACCUCGAGUUGCCCUGAGCCCUGCUGGAGCUUGGAGUCUGAGCUGCUGUUGGGGGCACAGCAGAGCUGAGGCUGGCCAGGCCAGGGCCUCGAGACCUGACUCAGGGACAGCCAGGAGCUGCAGGGGAGGGAGGGAGGGGGAGGGCCUGCAGCAGAGACUUGUGGCCCCAGAGAGUGUGCUGAGGCCAGUGCAGGUCCACUGGCGCAGGGGCCCCUGUGGAGGUGGGUAGCUCCCAUAGCCGGGGGUGUCCUAAUUGGGGCCUGCUGCUAAGGAGAGCUGGGAGGUGGGCAUCUGCCUGGGUGCCUUCACCCUUCUGCACCCCUCAGCACCCAUAAGGCCGUGCUUGUGAUGCUGGGCGGGGCCCUGCUUUAUCUGGGCCUGCAGCACCCCAGACUGUCCACCCACUGGGGCUGUCCUUGCCUGACAUCUGGCCCCGCUAUUGAUUUUUUCUUUCCUGCUCUAAGAGCUGCCUCUCUUGAUAGGCUGAGACUGGAGAGAGGUCUUCGUGGCUGCUGGGUCCUGGCAGCUGCUUUUGGGGCUCCCUGAUGGGUUCACCAGCCUGCUGCAAUGGUGGCUGAGGUCUCCCGCUCCUGCCCAGUCCCUUGCCUUGCAGCUGCAGAAAGGGAGGCCUGGAGAGAAGCAGGCAUUGGCCCGGAGCCUCCAGGAGCACCAGGGGCAAAGUGAGGCGGGCCUUGGUCCCUGGCUGGCUGGGGACCCUGAGGUCAGGUCCCUGGGUGUAGGAUUGCUGCUUGCCAUGUGUGUGACUGCCCAGGGCAGGGUGCCUGCUUGCAGCUGCCCCCGCCGGCCCUCGGGACAGGGCAGAGCAGCUGGGGCCUGGAACUGCCUCCUUGCCGCCCCGUUCCAGAAACCCCAUUGCCAGCUGGAGCCAAGAGCACAGCCACGCCCCGAUCCCGCGCCAUCCCCACGCUGUCGUCCACCUUACAGCUGCCAUGGGAAAGCUGCAAUAUUGCCAUUUUAUUUAAAGGAAGCCCAAGAUUAAAGGGUGUUAAAUGUGA